UCAGUUUUUAUGAAAAGAAAUAAUUUUAUUUGUAAUGAAGAAUCAUAACUCUUGAAACUAAUAGAGUCACUACAAGAAAGAGUAGUGAUACCCGACGGCUGUAUUUAACGGAUAUUUAUCGGAAAUGAGUGUUUCCGAUUAUUUUUCGACAAGCUAAGUUUUUGUCGGCGUUUGGGUCUCGGAAACUCCAUUUAUAGAAAGAUUGUCGGUAAUUUCCGAUCACAAUUAUUGUCGGAAAUACUUAUCUCGGAACAUACCGAUAAAUUUUCUGAGAAAUCAAUUCCUAGAGAUUUCUGACAACUGAAUAUAUUUAAAUAAAAAAAAUAAAAAUUAAAUUUUGUAAAACUAAUAUUCAAAAUCAUCAAAUAUUUAUUGCAUGAAAAUUAAAUAUAUAAUUUAAAACAAAGAAAAAUAAACAAAAGAACUAAUUCUAUUAUUAACAACGAAUUGUUGACAAAAAAAAACAACGAAUUCGAUGGAGAUGAUGGUGUACGGUGCAAUGGAGGCCGUGAAUCCGGUGCUGGUGGAUGUGAGUCAGCAAUUGAAGUCGUGGCGUGGUGAUGUAAAGAGUUACGGCGGCGGUUCUCUACAGCGGUGGUCAUACAAAGAGUUACGGUGUAAGUGCUCUACGGCGGUGGUGAUGCAAAGAAUUACGGCGGUGGUGCUCUGCGGCAGUGGUGAUGCAAAGAAUUAUGGUGGCGGUGGCGGUGGCCGGUGGGGAUGCAAAGUGUUACAGGAAUUUCGGUGUAAGGAAGAGUGGCGGUCUACGGAGCGGUGGCGGUUCAAGGAGCAGUCGGAACAAGCGGUGGUGGGGAGGAGAAGAUCUGAAAACAGAUCUAAAAAGACAGAGCUGGAAGAAAGAAAAAAAGAAGCGGAGAAAAAAUAAAAGAACAAAGGAAAGAGAUGGACAAAUUAUGUAACUCUUCUUCUUGACCUUUCGUUUAUAGAUAAAAACUUAGAGAAAAUAAAAGUGUAAAAGUAAAAGAUUAUCUAAUUAUUCUUGGCCAUUCAUUUAUAGAUAAGUUAUGAUAUAAAAAGUCUUUAUGCCAAAACACAACCGUUUUGCUAAAAUGAUUUUCAUCGUUGUCAAAACUGUCCGAUGAUUUUCUGUCAAAACUUCGACAAAUUUCCAGGAAUCAUCCAUUGUCUGUAAUCUCUGAGAGAAGACUAAUGAGUUUCCGAUUAAUAUCUUGGUUGUAUUUUCUCGGAAAGGAUUCAGUCUAAGCGUGAGAACUAGGACGAUUUUCUGACGCUUUACCGAGAAUAAAU